CGUGGAGAUGGUGCAGGAGUCAGAGACGCUGCGUAAGAUUCAGGUGGAGCACGGCCUGGCAGGGUCGUUCAAGGACAGGCCGAUCGCAGAGUGGCUGCAGAAGCACAACCCUACCGAACUCGAAUACGAGCGGGCUGUCGACAACUUCACGCUGUCGUGCGCCGGCUAUUGUGUCGCCACCUACGUUCUCGGCGUCGGCGAUCGCCAUAACGACAACAUCAUGCUUACGCAUCAUGGUCACAUGUUCCACAUCGACUUUGGGAAGUUCUUGGGCGAUGCACAGAUGUUCGGAAGUAUCAAGAGAGCGUAUUGAACCACGAG